AUGCGUUCGAGCUUCUACUGGGAGUGGUAUCGAUUUACCAUAGACAUCGCCUUCGAACCUAUGCCAAUUCCACCAAAACGCCGUCUGAAAGACACCACCUCCACCACCCAACCCCCCAAACCGCGCCAAUCCAAGCUCGCCAAAGAACACAAGCUCACCCCCCUCGAAGAGCAAGAAAUCCGCUCCGCCUUCGCCGACUUCUCCACCCCAAAAAAAGGCACCAAAGAAGGCGUCCUCCCCAUCACCAAAGUCCGCGACGCAAUGAUCACCCUCGCCAUCCCCCCAACCCCCCACGAACUCACCGAAUACCUAUCCAUCCUCGCGCCGUCAGGCGAAGACUACGCGGAAUUCUCAAGCUUUGUGGCGAUCUGCGCGUUGAAAUUCCACAGCCGGACGCGGAAUAGCGAUACGCAUGCAGCGGAGGUGGCGGAGGCGUUUGGGCUGUUCAUGGCGAAGUUUGAGGGCGAGGAGAAGAUUACGCUGGAGGUGUUGAGGGGCGUGGCGAGGGAUAUCAGGGUCGAGGUCGAGGAGGAUGUGUUGAGGGAUAUGAUUUUGGAGGCGAAUGGGGGGAGGGGUGUCGGGGAGGGGGUGGGGAUGAGGGAGUUUGAGGAGGUGGGGAGGAGGGCGGGGAUUUGGAGGUGA